AUGCCCAAUAUCGUACCUAUCGACAAACCUGGCAGCAUCUCGGCUCAUAGGGAACCUCCCAAAGCAUCAAGUAACCUGAAGAGUGUCCGCGGCGCAUCGGCCAAGAUACCUUCCCGCAAGCAACUCCUCUCGUCACGCGUUAGAGUCGGACCGAGGCCUGGAGUCAGACCCAAGCCUGGUAAUCACAUCAAACACAACUCAUCGAAGGCUCAGGCGGUUGAGAUCCGAAAGGUGGCUCCAGUUCGGAAGGUGGUCACCGGGCAAUCUGGUAAUCAUCUCAGAGCCAAGCUUUCCAGCAACCUGACGAUCACCAAACCCAUUGGCAACGAGGCGAAGGUGGGAGACAAGAGAUCACACGCCGAAGUCUCUGGUUCCAAGGUCGGUUCGGCCAAAGCUACGACAGCCCAGGUCACCGAGUCGCCGAAGCCGAAGAAGACGAAGAUCGACAGCGUUGGUCACAACGUGGACCGCCCCAACAAGGCAAUGGACAACCGCAAGCACGAGGACAUUGUCACCGCACUUGAGUUCGCGGAUUGGUGCUUCAAGGCGGAUGCCGCGGGGUUCAUUUUGUCCCACGAGAUCAAAAUGCAGAUCUGCAGCAACCUUACCGUGCCGGGUUCAACAACAGAGGAGUACAUGACCAAUCUCAUGUCGUCUCAAAAGUUCCAGGAAGUGGCCAAGCGAGCCUUUCGGAUCUUCAAAGGAGAAGAGCCAGUUGAUGAUGCUGUCAUUGUCACCUUCGUUGUCGCCGAUUCGACGAACCCUGACGGCCCAACCUCCAAAGCAUGGGUCACGGCUCAACUCGUUGCAUGUCUUGCACCAGAGAUGGACUUUAAAUGGAGAAAGACGGGGAUAUACCGAGGAUACAAGCGGCUUCUUCGGUACCUUCAAGGUUGCAGGAAUGAUGAAUACGCGUUCGACCCUGACCUAGGAACUGUCCUUCUUCGGAAGGCCCGCGCUGGCGAGGGUGUUAAGACGCUGAACCCUCUCAAGCCUACAACGGAGUCGACAAAUCACACUUCCGUCAAAACCAAGCCGCUCGAACAGGCGCCGGAAGCCAUCGAUCAGUCUGAGCAUCUCAAGCAAUCCAGCAACAUCAAAUCUCUGCCGACGCAUCUUCGCAAGGACAAGGCAACAAAUGCCUCAGUUGCUAGCGGACCGCCUCGCGAGAAAGUACUUGAGUGA